UACCUGCAGAUAUUUAUAUAGUAUAGCCCAGAGAGUAACUCAAAUAUUGUAGGGUUGCGGACUUGUGGUUCAAUUCAUUCUUGAAAGAUAUUAAUGUGUAUCAUAGCAUUUUAUCUUCCAAAGUGGCUUACCCAAUAACAUAUUCUCCUCAAAUCUGAAUCCAUGGCCUGUACAUCUUCAACUUUCAUACUAAAUCACAAUGUUAAUAAAGCUAAAUUCAGAUGGCCGCAAGAGAGAAAAUCAUUCCAAAGUACACUAAACCUCAGCUGCGGUCCCUUUUCCACUAGAAGCAAUACCAUCUUCGUAAGAUCUUCAAGCACGACUCAAGAUGUCAUAAUAACCAACGACGACGAGAUAGAAAAAAUCAAGAGGCUUCAGAAUGGUUCAGACGUUCGAGGGGUGGCAUUGGAGGGUGAAAAGGGUCGUACUGUCGACCUCACGCCGCCUGCUGUGGAGGCCAUUGCGGAGAGUUUCGGCGAGUGGUUGAUAGCAAAAUUGAGAGAUGAUCAUGAGAAGGCUAAAGAUGUUACGGUAUCCCUAGGACGAGAUCCUCGAAUAUCAGGUGCCGUAUUGAGCGCAGCUGUAUUUGCUGGUCUCUCUAAGGCUGGUUGCGUACCUAUUGACAUGGGACUUGCAACUACACCCGCUUGUUUUAUGAGCACUGUUUUGCCUGCUUUUUCUUAUGAUGGUUCUAUAAUGAUGACAGCGUCGCAUUUACCAUACACAAGAAAUGGUCUUAAAUUUUUUACAAAAAGCGGAGGGUUCACCUCUCUUGAGGUUGAAGAAUUAUGUGACAAAGCCGCUCGCAAGUAUGCUAAUAGACAAGCCAGGGUUUCUUUGGUAUUAACCAAACCUCCAAUAAAAGCAGAUUUAAUGAGUGCCUAUUCCAAACAUCUCCAAGACAUCAUCAAGGAGAGAAUCAACCAUCCCACUCACUACGACACCCCCCUCGACGGCUUUCAGAUCAUUGUAAAUGCUGGAAACGGUUCUGGAGGGUUUUUCACAUGGGAUGUGUUAGAUAGGCUUGGAGCAGACACAUUUGGGUCACUACAUCUCAACCCUGAUGGAAUGUUCCCCAACCAUAUUCCUAACCCGGAGGACAAAAAAGCUAUGGCCUUAACCAAAGCAGCAGUCUUAGAACACUCAGCUGACCUUGGAAUUGUCUUCGACACUGAUGUUGAUAGAAGUGGUGUGGUUGAUAAUCAAGGGAACUCCAUUAAUGGUGACAAGUUAAUCGCACUAAUGUCCGCAAUUGUGCUUAAAGAGCAUCCUGAAACUACCAUUGUUACAGAUGCUAGAACUAGCAUUGGGCUAUCAAGGUUCAUAGCUAAUAAAGGUGGAAAGCAUUGUUUGUACCGAGUUGGAUACAGGAAUGUCAUUAAUAAGGGUGUUCAGCUGAACAAGGAAGGUAUUGAAACUCACUUAAUGAUGGAGACCUCCGGGCAUGGUGCUCUUAAAGAGAAUUAUUAUCUUGAUGAUGGUGCAUAUAUGGUUGUGAAGAUCAUCAUUGAGAUGGUUCGCAUGCGGCUUGCGGGAUCAAGUGAAGGAAUUGGAAGUCUCAUCGAAGGCCUUGAAGAUCCCUUAGAAUCGGUAGAGCUAAGAAUGGAUGUUCUUUCGGAGCCAAGACAUGCUAAGACAAAAGCAAUUGAAGUCAUUGAAACGUUUCGGAGAUAUGUGGAGGAGGAAAAACUAGAAGGUUGGGUGCUUGAUUCUUGUGGAGAUUGCUGGGUUGGCGAAGGUUGCCUUGUCGAUUUAAAUGAAAAUCCUACAGCUAUUGACGCUCACAUGUACAGGGUAAAGGUUUUAGACAAAGAACAAAAUGAGAGUGGAUGGGUGCACCUAAGGCAGAGUGUUCAUAAUCCAAACAUCGCAGUGAACAUGCAAUCGUCUAUUCUUGGAGGUUGUCAUUCGAUGGCUAAAGUCUUUAGAGAUAAGUUUCUUAUUGCCAGUGGAUUAGAUAAAAUCCUCGACUUAUCUGACAUUGAGCGGUAUCUGAAGUAACACUAGCUAGAAGAACGGCAAAAUUAAAUGUGUGAAGUUUUGGGGUGUACAUAACAAUUAUCCUUUGUCAUAGUACAGAUAAAUUAAUUUUCAUAAGCAUUACAAUGAGAAUGUAUUUGUAGUUUACGCUAAGCAAUAGCUAAGUAAAAAGGUUUGUAUUAACACCAAAAACACAAUUGUAGCUUAGUAGUUCUUGGUGCAAAAUCAGUUAGUUGACUUUGCAAACAAGUUAAUGCACAUCCAAUAGUUUGAUAUUGAAUGCCA